AUGAAUGGAUAUUUUAGAAGUCAGUACAUAGAACCAAUUGUUACAGAUGUGCUUCAGCACACCUAUUACAUUGCAUUUGGCUCUCAUGGACCUAGAGAACCAUUUCUGAAGGCAGGUCAUGGCAGUAAAGUUACAAUUGGGCUUGGCAUUAUCAUCUUAAUUUCUUCUGUUUCAUAUUAUCUUUCUAGGGUAGCAGUGCAUGAUAAGCCAUCAACAAUUAAUAAAGAAUGGGAAGAAGCUACAACUGAGAAAUUGAUUAAACAAAAGGCUGAUCCAAUAUCUGGUAUUGCAUCUGAAGGAUACAAAGGAAAAGCCUCAAUAGGUUCCCCAUUACUUGGACGUGUAAUAACAUGGGAGUAUGGUUUUGUUGUACCAAUGUCAAAGGAUAGUUUCAUGAAGGCUAAUUUAUUUGACAAAGAUUCAAAUAAACUUAAUGUACGUGUACCUGAAAUCAUUGUAUGCGCAACUAUUUAUUUAUGGUUUCAAAAGAUAAAGGUAGAAAUUAAAUUUUGUCGUUACUGA